AUUCCUCCCCCGACUCUCCCCUCUUCUGCCUAGUCCUCCUGUCCUCCCCUCCCCCUCCGACCUCCACGGUUUCGCAGGCAAAGAUGAAGAAGGCGUCUGCGGCGUCGCGCUACGCGGCCUACGACUCCCCGUCCCCGUCUCCUUCGUCGCGCCGUGCGGCGCCUUCCGCGGCCGCCGCGACCCCGGGAGGAGCGCACGGCAGCAGCCGCGCAUUGGUGGUCGCGGGGAGAUCUGGCCGCGAUCUACUGGGCGCCAAGCCGCAGCCGCAAGCCCACGGCAACCUGGGUUCCGUACUACGGCGGCUCAUCUCCAUGGACAAGAAGCCGCCCAAGAACCAGCUCCCGGUCCCUCCUGCCGCCGCCAGCGCAGCGAAGAACAACGGCGGCGGGAAGCUGCCGGGGCUGUCGCGGAAACUAUUCCAGAAAGCCUCGUCCACAGCGGCGGCGGCGCCAAGGAAGACGAAGGCCCUGACAGAAGUCAAGAACAGCGGCAACAACGCCAACACGCGGACGCUCGCCAUGGUGCUGCGCACCGAGCGGGAGCUCCUGGCGCAGACCAAGGCGCAGGAGGACGAGAUCGCCGCGCUUCGCCUGCAGCUCGAGAACAAGGACAGGGAGGUGGAGCGUCUCAAGGACCUGUGCCUGCGGCAGCGAGAGGAGAUCAGGACGCUCAAAGACGCCGUCCUGUUCCCGGACGCGGAGCCGGAGCCCGACCGCCGCCUCCGGGACGAGAUUUCCACGCUCACCGAUCAGAUCCAGUGCCUCGCGCAGGAGCUCACUCAGGUUAAGGCUGAGAAGCACUCGACAAGAUCGUGCUUUGACGAGGAUGGAUACUGCUCUUCCCCUCGGACGCCGGGGUUUAACGAGGAGACCGCUUUCUCUCUGGAGUGCAGCAUUGGGGAAGCAGAGACGCCGAACUAUGGUAGCCCAGAUGAAAUGUUCAGCAAGGAUCUUAAUCCUUGUCUGACCCCAUGCAUUGCCAAGAGCAAAUCUGACGUAUCCGCACAAUUCCAGUCUUCCUCCCAGUUCACAAAGGAAUCUAGCAGUUCUUAUCGCAGCAGCGGCAAGGCAAGGGCAGACCGCUCUUACAGUUCUUUUGGCAGGCCAAUGUCAAAGAGCUCUGAUCAUCACAAACCUGCCUCAGGAACCAGCAACAAGCGACGAGUAUACAAAUCCAACCAAGACAAAAUCAACCAGAACCUGUUUUGAGCUCACCAUCAUCGUGAACUUGCCACCGAAGGCAGCCUCCAGCUUCUGCUAUGUGAAAUAUUUAGAAGAAUGUGGACUUUUAUGGUCUAUGGAUACCGCGUGAGAAAUAACAAUGCUCAUGGUCUAUCAGUGAAUGCAAUCUUUGGUUUGUGCUUUUUUUUGUGUUGUUCUAGCUUGCCCAGCUGUUUGGAAUACCAGUUUGGCUCUGCCAUGCCAUGAUUAGAUGAAUGUGCAGAAUCUUUUUUAUUUUCAAAACUGGUUACGAAGAUAUUUGGGUCACGGCCUAUGUCUUAUUAGCUGCAUAUGGACCAUAUGGCAAUGUGAUAUAUCAUACUAUGCAUGCUAUAGCAUGUGGUUUUGUGAA